AGAAGGAAGAAAUGAAGUUAUUCAUCGCCUCGGAAUGAACACAUCACUGACUGUCCACGCGUUGACUUUAUUGUGAACUCGUGGAAGUUAACGGCCAUCAGUGGAGGAACCCAAACAUCUCGUCGCCUUUCCCUCCUCUCCUUUCUCUCUCUCUCUCUCUUUCUCUCUUUCUCUCUUUCUAUGUCUAUUUGGUCGUGAAAGGAGGAGACGAGAAGGAGAAGAAAGUACACCAUCAACAACAACAACAACAACAGCAGCAGCAGCAGAAGCCAACAACAAAAUAGACAAUGAUGCAGUUCCCCCUGGAGUUGGGAGCACAUUAUUUGCCUCGUGAACCCAUUCACGAUUACAGGUCACACCGAUACCGGAGCUUUAUGAUCGAGGAGAUCUUAACCGAGCCCCCAGGCUCCGGCAAAGCCCCAACCGGGGGCGACUUACUGAAAUUCGGGGUUCACGCGUUACUCAACAGCCGACCUUACCACAACCAUUUAGCUGGCCUGAAGUCGGACCACACCGGGGUCUUUAAAUUCCCAUUGGGCCCCAUCUCCUGCAGCCUGACCUCUCCCCUGGGUUCGGCGCUGGUGUCCGGGGGCUCGGGUCUGGCCGGCAGCGGGCCGGGAGCUCCCCAUCUCCCUCUGGACUUGCACCUCAGGUCCAAGCUGGACCAGGGUGGACCCGAGGCAGGGAACAAGGCGAAGAAAGGCCGGAGGAGUCGCACAGUCUUCACAGAGCUGCAACUCAUGGGGCUUGAGAAACGCUUCGAGAAGCAGAAAUACCUAUCGACACCAGACAGAAUAGAUUUAGCGGAGUCGUUGGGUCUCAGUCAACUACAGGUGAAAACGUGGUACCAGAACAGGAGAAUGAAAUGGAAGAAAAUAGUGUUACAAGGCGGAGGGUUGGAAUCCCCUACAAAACCCAAAGGCCGUCCUAAAAAGAACUCCAUCCCCUCAAGCGAACAGCUCUCGGAGCAGGAGAAAGCCAAGGAAGCCGAGAAACAGGGUCGGACCUCUCCCUCUCCGUCUGAAGUGAACCAGGAAGAGUGAAGCUGGCAAUGAUGGGGAUGCUGUGGUUUGUCGUGGAACAAAAAUAAACUCGUCUGUGUGUACUCUACCCAUCGGGGAAAGGUACCAAACAUUAGUGACAGACAGACAGACUGACAGACAGACUGACUGACUGAGGGAGUGCAACUUGUCUCCUGAACUUGACUCCUCCGCCUGAACUGAACUGAACUGAACUGAGAUGGUGACAAAGCAACACAAGUGGAACUUACUUACACUCAGACUCUCCAACGUUGGCUUCACCCAACCCUGGAGAUGGCAAACUCUCUCCCCUAUCCCCACCCACCCAGACUCCAAGCCGAGGGGACACUUCUGUCCACACCCCCAACCCCCCCCCCCCCCCCCCUCCAGACUCUUCGUGAAACUCAUAGAAGAAAAAAGAAAGAAAAAAGAAAGAAACUCAUGGCAUUUGGUGGAGCCCCGGAACCAUUUACGUUUUGCCCCCAAAACUGGAACUGCAUUUCCAACCUGUUAUGGACCGGGUUUCAGUCUGGGACCAGGACCAAGGAAGGCAAGUGGUCAAUGAAGAAACCGAGAACUUUUUUUUUUUAAGUGAUCGUAUUUCCCUUUCCAUUUGUACAAUGUUUAGAAUAUUCUAGAACCUUAAGGCACAAUUUUGGCCCCUCUGACAAUUAAAGAUCAGAAUCGAAAGUAAGUAAUUUC